UACUGCUGACGUGGUGCUGGGGACAAGGCUCAUUUCACCAGGGAAAUGGGCUGGGAAAGGCUGGUGUAGCCAGCACGGCUCUCGCUGAAUGAACUGAGAGCUACACGCCUCUUUCUGAAGCAGCCUCUCUCCCUCCCUCCAGCGCUGCCCCUUUUCCUCCUCCUUCAGCACCGACACUGGCUCUCCCCUCUCCCCGCCAGACCUUGGCAAGGCCGAAGGGAAGGGGAGAGCGGCCUGCAGGCCCCAGAAGAGCCCCCAGGGCUGCAGGAGCGGGAUGGCAGGGGCAGGCAGAGGCGAGGGGGUGGCCGCAGCUCCCGCCUGGAUCGGGGCGCUCUGCCUGUCUGCAGUCUCCUUGUUUCACCUGGUGAGCGGGAGGGAAACCGGGACGGACUGGACCCUGGAGAAGUAUUCUCAUCAACCAAGACUUUUACAUUCUGAUACUAUUCAAAAAGUUGUAGAAAACACAGAUGUUUCUCAAAUGUGGGAGAAUGAUUUGCGUCCUAUCCUGAUAGAAAGAUACUCAGGAUCGCCAGGAAACUAUGCCGUACGGCAGCACAUCAAGCACCGUCUCCAAAGAUUACAGGCGGGCUGGGUAAUUGAAGAAGAUACAUUUCAGAGAUACACACCAUAUGGAUAUCAAACGUUUUCAAAUAUUAUCAGCACUCUUGACCCUUCUGCAAAACGCCACCUCGUCCUUGCUUGCCACUAUGACUCAAAGUUCUUUGGCCCACAGUGGCAGGGGAGAGUGUUUGUGGGAGCCACCGACUCAGCCGUGCCUUGCGCUAUGAUACUGGAGCUUGCACGAGCCCUGGAUAACAAGCUGCAGUUAAUCAAGACCAGCUCAACCUCAAGACCAGACCUUUCACUUCAGCUUAUUUUUUUUGAUGGUGAAGAAGCCUUUGUCCAGUGGUCACCUUCCGAUUCCCUCUAUGGAUCUCAACACUUAGCUCAAAAAAUGGUGUCUACUCCACAUCCACCUGGUUCAACAACCACAAAUCAGCUCCAGGGCAUUGACCUGCUUGUACUACUGGAUUUAAUUGGUGCACCAAACCCAGUCUUUCCCAUUUAUUUUCCAAACACCAUCCGAUGGUUUCAGAGGCUUCAAGCAAUUGAGCAAAAGCUACACAGCAUGAAUCUGUUGAAGAAUCACCUUGUUGAAAGGCAGUAUUUCCAGUCUUACUUACAUCGAGGCUUGGUUGAAGAUGACCACGUUCCAUUUUUGUUAAGAGGGGUUCCAGUCCUACAUCUGAUUCCAUCCCCUUUUCCUGAAGUAUGGCAUACUAUGGAGGACACAGAAGAAAACCUUGACAAAAACACUACCGACAAUCUGAGCAAAAUCCUGCAAGUGUUUGUACUGGAAUAUCUCAAUCUGUAAUAAAUUACACUGGCAACAAAUCACACGUUAUUUUAAAUACUGUUUACCCACUUUCAAGUUUGCUAUUAAAAUUGCAUUGGAGAGCGCUAAAGCAUAGCAAAAUAUUGCAAAAGCUCUUGAUAAACUGAUUCAGUUUUCUGAUAUAAAGAUACCACUAAAUAAGAACUAGUUUCAGCCUGGAAAGAAAUUGAUCUUUCCAUGUCUUGCCAUGAACAAAGAAAAAAAGAAAACAGAAUUUUUCCACGUUGUUAUCACUGUUUUAUACGCCACAGACUAAGCUCCCAGGAGGGAAUGCCUCCUAACUUAAGUGUUUAGCUACAGUUUUUACAAGGCGUGACCAACUUUUCCACUGGUCAGCAGUGGAAAUUUAGAGAACAUUAUCGUAAGAGGCAAAAUUCACAUUAAAGCAUACCUCUGCUUUGGGUUGAACUGAACUAUUUCAUCCUGAAAAAGCCGGUAGAAUUCCUGACACAAAGAAGGAAUUUGUAAUCCUCUCUACUCCCCACCCUCGCUCCCCUAAAGGAGCUCCCCAGAGGAGUACUGCAAGAGCUCCUCUCCGCAGACAACUGACCACCAUAAAACUGCCCUAAAACAGUUCUCUUUCUCUCCUUUGCUAGAUACUAUUUGUUGGAGGAGUGUAGGGGCAAGUGAUGCUAGCAGGAAGGUAUGUGGGGAUUUCCACCACACUUUGACUACACACAGGAGAUAUAAACGGAAGAGCAGGUGUUCUGCGGGAGCACAAGGCCCAGCACCCACCAUCCAUUCACAAUUUGACACAUCUUCCGCCCCAAAAACAAAACAACAAAAAUUGCUGUUUGCAAUACUGAUUGCAUCAGAAGUAAUCAUACUAUGAAUAUGAUCAUUUCAGAAACUAUAGUUUUAUGUAAAUAUGAUUUUAAAGGCAGAGUGCUAUCUAGCUAAACUAAAAUAAGCAGGAGAGUAAGAAGCAAGGAGACAGUUUAAGAACCCAACAGUAUGGGCCAGCCACAGCCUGUAUCAGAAAAAGAUACUCAUCCGUUUAAUCACCCUGUGGUCAUAAAUUCCCUGGUGGAAUUAUUCAAGAAAUUCAGCAUGACACUGUGGCAAAAAUCUAGCCUAGAAUGAAACCAACUACUAGAAGUAGCCAGGAGAACAAUAUUCAAAAGCUACCUAUAGAAUUAUUGUUUCCCCUGAGGAGAAAAAAAUAACAGCAUUUGAUGGGAGGGGGAAAAAAAAAAGAAAAAUCAAGCUGGUAGAGGAUGAACUCAGAAAAAACAAGUUAGUACUUCCUGCUCAGACGGCUUCUUCCAUUAGAAAGUUUUACCCCGUGCAGAGAUUUAACAAAGAGAUAACCUAUAGAGUCGUAAUCACGUCAAAUUUUGCCUAUAUUUUACUCUUUGCUAAAAGCAAGCAUUUCUGAACAUAAGAUAAAUAUUUACAUACAUAUUUUAAAGUUGCAAUAGAAAAAUAUAUUUAGAGUGAUGCAAAUUUGCAAAACUGUGCUAUUACAUUACACCCUGAAAAUGAAACUCCAUCAAUUUUUGUUGCUCAAGACCAAACAGAAAUGCCACUUUUAACAUUUUCCCAUCAUUUUUACAUUUAUGAGAACUCUUUCCAUGUGUUUUUGACAUUUUGCAUGCAAUUUCUGAAGUAAAACACAAUAAAAAAACCUCUCACAAUUGGACAGUCAUGUUUAUUUUCAGAUAAAUAUUGCUGUACAUUUACGUGAAUUAAAUCAAAGCUAUUUGAAGUAUUUGCUAUCGUAUUUUCCUCUAUUGCCACCUGUUGAGAAUGACAUGCUUAAUUAUUAUCUUCUGAAGUCUGAUUACUCUGACCAGUAUAAGGCACCUAUCUCUACUGAGCCCCACUAUGAGGACAAAAAUGAUAACAAAAAAGAUAAGAAAGGUACAAAGAUAAAAAAAGAAAAAAAGAUUAAAAAAUGGCUAUAUACAGAAAUGUUUGUGGCUAAGUAUGUUUUCACAGGUCAACUCUUCUUUGGUACUUCCUACUUUGCAAAUCCUCUGAAAAAAUGCAUUAGGUAUUGGCAGAGUGCACUGCGGUAGAAUUUGUCAGAUACUCUGGUUAAGCAAGAAUUUAAGUUACUUAAAACAGGCUUCAUUAUGAAAUGGAAGAAUCAGAGGGUUGUUACAAUUAGGGAAUGUCUCAUUUCUUUUCUUAAUCUCUAUGAGAGUUAGCUGAAACUGUAAUUUAACCACAUGGUUUAAACCAAGUGUCUGACAUAUCAGUUUGGCACAAACUCUUCACUGCCUGAGCAUGCAGCUCUCUGGAGUUGUGCCUACUCAGUUCGAAGAAGUGAGAUGUAGGUUGCUAUCACAGUUUUCGGUGGUUCUCAGAACAUGAAGGGUAGGUAUCCUUUAAGUACACAAAAAGAUGCCCUCUCUUAACUGCAUUUGAGCCCUGGAAGGAGUUUCCUUGAAGAGGCAGACCGCUGUAAUUUUUUGAAAAAGUAGAAGGUCGUUAUCUUAGCAAUUGAAAUGAUCUGUCAUUCAUUUAAAAAAUAACGGCUAGAAAGAAAACAUACCCUGUGGAAUGAGAAUCUAAGCCAUAACAAGCAGAGGAAACCUAAAAUAGCCACUAAGUGAAGACCAUGGUGCAAGAUGGGUCCUCACUGCUACAACUGCAAAGGAGAAAAAGCAGGUAGGAGAAAGCCUAGCCAUUUGGCAAAUAGCUGAAGAAGAUAAGUGAAGAGACCUGGACUGGAAUCACUUCCACUCUCAGUUUCAACACUGAUAUCACUAAGUACAUCUGUAGGAUCUGGUUAUGCAGACUACAGAUAAGCACUCGGGAUUUCAGACAGGCAGUCUUUACACUGAAGAUCCUGUCCCUGGGUAGUUUCUCCUUCCCCGUUGGAUGGUGGCAGCAGGGGAAGCAAAUCAACUGAAAGAUUUCAGGGAACCCAGUAGUUAACACAAAUCAGGAGGACUGCUGUACAAGUCUUUCCCUUGAACGGGAUUUGUCACAUCUCAGUCGAUUAAAAAUCUAUCUCCCAUUCCUGGCAGCCUGUCACUGGCAUGUCAAGAGUCCUCCGAAAGGUGUAUGUCCUUAUUAUCUGGGGGAAGGGAAUGCAGAACAAAAUGAACUCAAGAGCCAUUACACAAUAGAUAAAGCUGCCACAAAAACACAUUACAUCAUUAUUUAUUCGUAGUGCAGAAAGAGCUCUAGCUGCCACUCAGGACAACUCAGUUUGCUAGCCACUGAACAACAUUAUCACUUUGUCACAAUAAACCUAGCCUAAGUAAUGAUACACAUCCCUUAGAUACUCUAAAACUUGAUGCAUUUAUGUGCUUCCGAAGUGGCCACUUUCCUAUGCAAACAGUUUGAACAGGCUAAAGAACUAACAAUGCUGAAUCCUCUGGCAGAUAGAAAUAACAGUGAGAAUAUGCCCUCUUCUUCCUCUAGCUGGGACAGCUUUUGGAUCAUGAAUGAAGACAGCCUAAACCAGCAGUUCUUAUUCACCACAGUUCAAAUACACCUUCUGAUUGUGACCAUAUAACACUAAAAGUAAAAUACAAUUAGAAAAGACAAAAUGCAGUAAAAUUCCUUUUGGUAGAAUUACCGCAAGAACUCAGUUUAGACUGGUAGCACACCCAGCAAAACACUUAGUUCUGCUAAGUUUCACACAUCUGCUUAUCGAGACUGAAAUAUCACCUGAGAGAAUGAUUUAAACAUCAAUAUAUAGAAAGAUAACUAUAAAAUCCUGCACAUAAAUGACCACUUUUUUCCUUGUCAUUUUAAGGAUCAUACUUGACUCUAUGCUGAUUCAACAAACAGUCUGAAUAAAUUCAUAACAAUAAAGCAGCUAAAAAGCUGUUCUACUGUCUAAAAGAAUCUUUAUCAUCUGCAGAUUAGAUAUAUAUUGUAAACAAUUAUUCCAAAAAAUAUUUCAUGAUCAUAUUGCACUCAGAAUUCUGGGAUUCUGUUCUCCCUUCCCACUUUGAAUCAAAGAUCAGCCUCAUUUUUUAACAAAAUGAAGCUUUAAUUUUCUACUAAAAACAAGUAGGCAUGCAAUCAAUAUAAGACAAUAUAUUUAAAUUGUCACAGAAAGAGAAAUGUUUGGUUAUGAAACUGGAGAAAGGAACAGUUCUCAGGCCACAUAAGAGGAGCGUACUGUAAACAUUCUGCUGGCUCCAAGGCGUUGAAGAUAUCGUAGAGAGCGCGGUCUAGCUCAGCACCCGAGAGGUAAAGAGAAUCUGUUCAAAUGUUCUGUGCUUCAGUGAAUUCCCAUGCAGCAAGGGCACAUCUGAUAGGAGACUGACUUCACAAAGACAGAAUAAUGAAAGGUGACGACUGAGCUAAUGCUGCUUUCAGAAAAACAUCGCCUGUACUUACAAGUUCACCGUCGUUUCUAAUACAAGUUUCCCAGGUCAUUACAUCUUCUAUCACAGCACUCUCACUAUUAUUUUUGCUGCAAAUGAAGUACAGAACUAGAUUCCUUACUUGUAACUUACGUAUACUGUGUACCAGCGGCUCUCAGCACACUGCCCUCAGCCUACAAAAUCUCAGCAAGACACUGUCAUGCAGCAUGCCACCUUGCUUUGUUUGCAAGAGUGAAGCCCUCCUCCAUAUGUCAGAGAGAGUACUACAGGUAGUGGAAAAACAAAGAGGAAAGCAACGUUCUCAUAAGAAAUGAAGCGCUCCACAGCCAUUGUGAAGAGGCUACAGAGCUUGAAAAUUCACAUGAAGGCUGGGGGUUAUUUUCAACUUAGUUCUACAGGAGAAAAAGACUUUUCUCUCUAUCAAAUCCAUUAUCUUCAGGUAAUAUAUUAAUAUCUGCGGAGUCCCUGAGAUACUGCAGCUCUCUAACUACUUUGGACAGAUGGACACCUACUUAGUACACAAAUUAACAAGGUGGAAGUCAAUAUAUAGCACCCUGAGUUGCAAGUGAAACAGCAGGAAAGGGCAACCCAUUCCUGAACAGCCAAGAUGCAGAAGAACAUGCAGUGGAGGUACUGGCUAGG